AUGCUCGAUAACGCGGAAAAUUCGGCUACAAGCAUAGAAAACAAAAGACAAUUCAGCACUUUCUCGGCACUCGGCAUUGGCUAUAGUAUCACCAACACGGCUCUUGGAGUAUUACUCGUCGUUGGUACCGUGUUACCCUUCGGUGGAGCACCCCUGCUUCUGGGUGGCUUUCUCAUGAUGGCAGUGAUUGCCCUGUCCACAGCCAUAAGCCUUGCUGAGCUAUGCUCUGCUAUGCCUCACCCUGGCGGACAAUACAUUUGGGUGAAUCGAUUGGCCCCGCCCGAAUAUCGACGAUUCCUGUCUUACGCCACGGGGAUGACUGGAUGGUUCUCCGCAAUCAUUAUAGGUGCCUCAGGCUGCCUUGCCGUCUUCCAAUAUCUCUUCUCGCUGAUCAAGCUCCUAAAACCAGCCUUUGUAUACCAGAGGUGGAUGGGAUUUGCGGGAUAUCAGGCACUUAAUCUCAUCACCUUGCUCCUAGCAACCUUCAAAUUUGCCCAGCCAACGAUAUCUAAGCUCAUGUUAAUCUUGAGUUGCAUUACCUUCGGCGUUUUCUCCAUCACACUCUUCGCAAUGUCUACUACCCGCGCCACCACGGAAAGUUUCUUGGGACCCCUUGACAAUGCAUCGGGAUGGCCAAACGGCGCAGCAUUCUUGAUCGGCGUCAAUGGCCUGAACUGGAUUUUCUCCUGCCUUGAUGUCACCACGCACUUGGCAGAAGAGAUUCCGUCCCCUGCCACCAAUAUACCCAAGGUUCUCAUGUGGACAAUCGCUAUUGGGUUCUGCUCGGGGUUGAUUACUAUCUUAGCCAUACUGGUUAACCUACCUGAUGGGAUUGAUGCGUCGGAUGACAACUCGGCCGUUGUCUUGAUCUACCGAAUCACUCACAGCAAGGUUGCUGCCGCGGUUCUAUCAAUCCCGAUCCUCAUUGUCAGUAUGGGAACUGUUUGGGCUGUCCAACUUUGGCAAUCUCGUCUUGCUUGGACACUUAGCCGGGAAGCAGCGUUCCCUCUACACCACCAUUUCUGCAGACUUGCAUCUUCACCCUUCCAUACUCCAAUAUGGUCUCUAUUUGGCUCUGCCUUCGGGACGGCUAUUGCAGGGUGCCUGUAUCUUGGCUCGGAGAUAGCAUUCACCUCCUUCUCUGCCGCAGGUGUCAUAUUGCAGUACUUCACUUAUAGCCUGCCAGUCAUCUUAGUUCAUUACAGGGGACGGGCUCAGAUUAGUCACGGGCCUUUUUGGUUUCCGAUGCUGGGGUGCAUCGCAAACGUCAUCAUGCUUGGAUGGACUUUGAUUGUUCUUGUUUUCUACUCGUUCCCUCCGGACUUGCCAGUGUCUACCUACCAGGCAAAUUAUACGCCUGGUAUUUUGGUGUUGAUUUUGAGCCUAAUCUGUUUUGUGUGGUUCUCCUUUGGAAGAAAAUUUUAUGAGGUCAAGGAUAUGUAG